AUGGUUUCCGACACCAAAGGUAAAGCGUCUCAUGUCACUUCUAAUAAUUUUCAUCAGCCUUCUAGUUCGUCCAGACACCACAGUCGUUCGAAUCACCAACCUUCAGAAACAUUGAAUGCACGAGAUCAUAUUAGGAGCGUCGACGAGGAUCCCCACUUCUCUUCCACGCAAUCUUCCACUGGUCAACGAAGGUCGUCCAAUCGACAUUUCAGAUCUUACAAUAUCCCUCUGCACGCUGAACGUUUCUCACGAGAUAACAGUCCUGUUCGACUGCCACAAUAUCAGCUGUCAUUUCGCGGACAGGGACCAAUCCCGCUAAGACCCUCUUCUUUAAGAUCAAUUCCUGAAGACCUUCCUUUUGAAAGCCAACAAGAACAGACAUCAGCUCCAAAUUUCAGUCUUGAUAACGAGGGCCCAGUUGUCCCCGACAUCUAUCCGCAGUACAAUUACGGAGAUCCAAACCAACAAGAUCCGAUGGAUUACUCUGCUCGCUAUCAAAAUGGGAGUAAUUUUCCGGCUGGGCAUGCAUAUGCCCAGCCAUCUUUUACACAAGGAACACGGCCCGCAGAUGACCCAGAAAAGGUCCGCUUAAGAGCAGAGCUCGCUGCUUAUCAGGCUAUGGAAGGAAAGAUCAAAGCAUCUGAGAAGCAAAGAGAGAGAGAGGAGCAGAUCCGAAAGGAAACCGAAGCUGAAUUUCAGCGUAGAAUGGAACAUAUACAAAAGUCCCAGGAAGAAGCUAGGAGGGACAUAGAGAAAGUAAAGAAAGAGGCUGAAGAAGCUACAUGGAAAAGAGCCCAAACUGCACAAAGGGAGCACGAGGCUAAGGAGGCUGAAAAAGAACGUGAAGCAAAGAUUAUGGAAAGUGAAAUCAGAAUAAAGAUCGAAAUGGAGAGAAAGGCCGAGGAAGCAGAGAAAAGAGCACGAGAGAAGCUCGAGCACGAGAUGGAGCUGAGGCUGCAUGAAAAGAUGAAGGGGAAGAUGGACGAUUUCAUGGAGCUUGCCAAACAAAGGUUUCUGGCAAUGGAGGGGCCAAGUUUACACCAAAGAGCCACCGAAUGGAGAGGAAAUCGCGACGAACUCGAUUAUGAAGAGAAUCAAGACCAGCAAGUAAAACAACAGGCACGACCACCUAGCCUACCUCACAGUCCUCGAGAAAGCCUUACAGAUUCCAGCUGUCUACCCUCUCAAUUUCACAAAACAGAAAACACAACUUCCAUCGCUGAUAGAUCCCACAGUGGCCGCCGCCCACCUUCCGUCCCUGUGGCACCAAGUCAAUCCUUUUUUUAUGACGAGACGCGCUAUCAUGAAGGCAGUUUGUGUUCCGAUCAAGGACCACCGUUCCAUCCACAUGCAGCGCCGCCACCGAGGCACCGAACAGGAUAUAUGCCACCAGGCCACAAUCCAUGGCACCCGUCCGUACAUGAUUACGCCAGAGGACAUAAGCCUAGGCCUCCGAACUUGGUAGAAGAACUAAGUCUUGCCUUCGCCGAGGUUUUGAGGAACUGGAAUUCGAACGACAGGAUGGCUGGCUCCAUGAUGGAUGAAAGGACACCCUUUGACUACCCUCCAUUCGAGGGUCAAACUUCAGAAAACCCUAGGGGAUUCUAUUACACAGACGAUCGUGCUUCUGCGUUUGAGAGACACAGAGAAUGGGUAGAGAGGGGCCGUCGACAAGACUGGGCGCAACACUUUGACGAAACAGGACAGAGCCCAGAUCCAGGGGCUCAGACCUUUCAUAGGCCCUUUCCAUCAACAAACAUGGCACCACAACCUCAGCAGUCAUCAAACUACACUGUGGUUGACGGUGAUAUUGACUCGGAUAGCGACCAAGCAUCGACCUAUGCUACUCCACCAGAAAGCCAGGCGGGAGAUGUGAUGAUCGGUGAAGAUACAGCCGGCGGUCACACUGUAGCUGCAAUAGCACCUGCAGUCGGAAGACAGGGGGCAGAGCCUAUUUCAAGGCGGCUCGUCGCCCUGGAAGGCGAUGGAUCCAGGACAUACGUGGUUUCCUCCUUGGAAGACUCAUUCCGAGACAGAAAGGUGGCAGGGCAACUAUAUGCAGCCACUGCCCACAUGAAUCGACAAGGGAAGCCGAGGGAAAACGGUUUCGUGCCAGGAGUAAAGCACCCUCCUAUAGAACGAGAUAUCUCACAGUAUCUCAUUACUGAUGAUACAGAGGUUGAGUCAUUGGAUUAA